AUGACGUCCGACGCCGAUACCAUGGCAACUAUCGCGAGCCUUCGCGAAUCUCUCUGCUCCGAAGCUACCCCGCUACCCGUCCGAUUCCGCGCCCUCUUUUCGCUAAAGCACCUCGCACGACACGAGACUGGAGACCGAGCCCUCGGAGCUAUCGACGCUAUUGCGGCAGCCUUCACAUCCCCCUCGGCGCUACUUAAACAUGAGCUAGCUUACUGUUUGGGCCAGUCGGCCAACCUGGCAGCUGUUCCUCAUCUUCAGAAAGUCCUAGCAGACCUACAAGAAGACCCUAUGUGCCGCCAUGAAGCAGCGGAGGCUCUCGGCGCUCUCGGCGAUGCUGGAAACUUGGAGAUUUUGCGCAAGUACCGUGAUCGCGAGGGAGAAGAUGUCGCUGUCAAGGAAACCUGCGAGAUUGCCAUUGACCGGAUCGAAUGGGAGAACUCGGAACAACGAAAGGCAGAGAAACUUCGCCAGAGCGACUUCGCUUCUGUCGACCCAGCUCCUCCGAUGCCCGACGCUGCGCACACCGUCCAGGAUUUAGAGAAGAACUUGAUGGACACAAGCAAACCCCUCUUCGUCAGAUACCGUGCAAUGUUCGCACUACGAGACCUCGCCUCGCCACCGGAUCUUCCAACGGCUGUUCCAGCCAUCCAUGCUUUGGCCAAGGGAUUCGCAGACCCUUCCGCUCUCUUCCGCCAUGAGAUUGCGUUCGUAUUUGGCCAGCUCUCCCACCCGGCCUCGAUUCCAGCCCUUACCGCCGCCUUGAGCAAUCUCGAGGAGGCUAGCAUGGUAAGGCACGAAGCGGCGGAGGCACUGGGAAGUCUUGGCGAGGAGGAAGGUGUCGAAGAGACCUUGAAGCGAUUCCUUCACGACAAGGAGAAAGUCGUGCGCGAGAGCAUUAUCGUUGCUCUAGAUAUGGCCGAGCACGAGCAAUCAAACCAAGCAGAAUACGCGCUCAUUCCAGAGGCUCCAAAAGUAGCGGCAUAG